AUGAACGCAAUAGUGACAAUAGACACGACAGUAACCGAAGAGACGACAGAGGUUUUCCUAACGACUACGAACAUCGCAUUACAUAAUACGGUAUACAGUAGUGUGCUUGUGGAUAAGUACUACACAAGCGGUCAGGAAUUACCUUACGCAAUUUCGACGGUUACGACACUUGGGAGCUCCCCUUCAUCAGUGGCUUCGACUCCGCUAAAAACAGAUUUGUCGACGGCAUCGACGUCUGCAUUAUUUGAUCUGGCAUCCCUAUCAGUGCAAGCUAAUACACCUCCAACUAAUAGUGGACAAGUUAGUAGCACUAGCACUACUGAAGCGGAUACAAGUAGCAUAUUGGCAAACCCGCUGCAACCAGAACGACUUCACGGUUCUACCAUGGCAUCUAAGAGCGUAAUAGGACUAUCUAUUGGUCUGCCCAUCGGGGUUUUUCUCAUAGGGCUAAUAAUAGUUGCAGUUUUCGUUUACUACAGAAAACGAAGUUAUGAUGAAGAUGACCCUCCCAGCAAGUUCCAAAACUGGUUACUGUCCGUUAGCGACAAGUCAAGAAAGAAGCCAUUUUUAGACCUCGAACCAGGGUCACAUGAGAGGUUCGGUGAAGACGGACAUAUAAAGUACAAGAUCUCUAGAAAGGAGCCACCGGCUCCGUACUUCAAGGCACCAUAUCAUACGGGGGUAUUCUCAGAUCCAGUUGAAAACGACACCGCAAUAGAGAAGUAUCUGUACUCAAAGCCACGUACCAUCCCGGAAACGAAGGAGACAAAGCGAAAAUCCAACUGGGUAUACGAGUCGCCGUUAUCGCGUUGGUUUUUGUCUAAAUCUAUUUUCCAGCAAUCCCCCACUGGUCCAACUCGUGACUACUCAUCCAGUAACCGCGAUAUUAAGACGCCAACGGUACAGCUAAGGAGCUUCAAGCUACUAAAUAAGGUUCGUCGGGACGAAGCUCCUAAACCCACAACAGCCUAUUAUUCAGGGAUAGUAACACAUAAUGAAGACGUAUGGGAGCCACCGGUAUCCACUAUUCCAACGCCUGCAUCCCAGAUCGCAGGGACCACUGCACCGCAAUUUUCUCCUUUCGCAAUGCCCCCUACAAUUCCUCACAGCGUGCCAGGCAUUAGAAGCUACGAAUCAACCCCCAAACCAUCUCCAGAUGUAACAGUAAUGCUACCCAUGAACGACUCCUCCUCGGCCCUUGAAGAUACAGAUAUCAACGUAAAAGAAAAGAGCUCUACAGGAGAAGAGUUACCUAUAGCUAAGGUGAUCAAGUCAUUCCACCCGCGCCUACUGGACGAAAUAAGAUUAGACGUGGGCGAAACCGUACGAGUAUUAGCUAAGCAUUCCGACGGGUGGUGUUUGGUAGAAAAGUGUGAUCCUCUCGCUCCUCACGAUAAAAUAGAUACGGAGAGCAUAUCUGAUUCCAACUAUCUAAAUGACUACAGAGGUAUCGUCCCUCUGAUGUGUCUCGAAACGAUCUGA